ACUGCUUGUUUAGUAGUAGUCCUGCGAUUGCUGAUUGUUGCGGGUGCAGCCCUGCAGGAAUUGUUUAUUUCUUGUGUAACUUGCAAAUAUCAAGUUUUCUAAAUAAGAUCGACAAACGCUACAAUGAGUGACUCUCAAUAUGGGGCGUAUGGUGGCUAUGGUGGGGGCUACGGAUCUGCUCCUCCUGCAUCUACGGCAGUGGCUCCAAUGCCUUCGUAUCCACCUUCUGGUGGUGCUCAUCAGCCAGCGUAUGGAGGCUACUCAGCUCCACCACCUCACAUGAGCUACUCAGCCACCACUGCUCCACCAGCAUCCCAAUAUUCUUCUCCUCCUCCUUAUGGCUCUGCAGCUCCAAGCGGACCUCCUCCUGCUCCGCAAGGUGGGAGCAGCAGCUAUUCAGGCUAUUCAAGUGGCAGCUACGACUCGAGCAGUGGUGCUUCUGCCUACAGCAGCGCUCCUCCCUCCUACCAGCAGCCUCCUUCUGCGCCUCCUCAGAGCAAUGCCUACAGUGCACCUCCACCUAGUGCUGCCUAUGGCAGCUCUCUACCUCCUAGCUAUGGCUCAAGUGAUGGAGGUGCCUCUGCUGGUGGUCCUCCACCAAGCUAUUCCUCAUCAGCCCCACCAAGUAGCUAUGGUGGCCCACCCCCUGCUGCGCCGCAGGGUGGUGGUUAUGGUGGGGCACCACCGCAGGAUGGUGGUGGCUUCAACACCAGAGGUGGUGGUGACAGCUAUGGAGGAAGUGGAUAUGGAAGCGGUGGCGGUGGCUAUGGUGGUGGGAGAGACGGUGGAUACGGGGGUGGAGGUCGUGGUGGUAGCAGAGAUGGCGGUUAUGGCGGCAGAGAUGGUGGUGGAGGCCGCGAUGGCGGUGGAUAUGGUGGUGGCCGCGGCGGUGGUGGUCGUGAUGGAGGCUAUGGUGGACGUGAUGGAGGAUUCGGUGGAGGUGGAGGAGAUAAAGUUCUUCAGGAAGACACAAUCUUCGUGUCUGGCAUGUCUGAAGAUGCUUCAGAAGAUGACGUCAAAAUGCACUUCGGAGCAAUCGGAGUUAUUAAGACAGACCGCAAAACACAGCGCCCUAAGAUCUGGAUGUACCGUGACAAAGCCUCCGGGCGGUCCAAAGGGGAAUGUACCGUCACUUACGAUGACACACACACCGCUAAGUCUGCUAUUGACUGGUUCCACAACAAAGAGUUUAUGGGGCGACCUAUCAAAGUAUCGAUAGCGGAGCGGCCAAAGAGCGAGUUCGAACGAAGUGGUCGCGGUUUCGGCGACCGCGGACGAGGCCGCGGACGCGACCGCUUCCGUGACGAUGACAGGGACGGCGGCGGCUUCGAUCGUCGCGGUGGCGGGCGAGGAGGCCGAGACUUCGGUGGUGGUGACUCACGUGGCGGCGGCGGUGGCGGUGGUGGUUUUGCAGGCCGCGCUGGAGACUGGAAGUGUCCCUCACCGUCAUGCGGCAACAACAACUUUGCGUGGCGUAAUAAUUGUAAUCGCUGCAAUGCUGCCAAGCCUGAAGGUGGCGGCGGCGGUGGCGACAGUGAGAACGGAGACGGUGGAUAUCGCGGCGGUGGUGGUGGUGGAUUCCGAGGUGGACGUGGUGGUGGUGGUGGUGGAGGAGACUUCCGAGGAGGUCGUGGAGGUGGUGGAGGCGGUGGAUUCAGAGGCGGCCGUGGUUAUGGUGGCGACCGAGACAGGGACGGUGGUGGACCAAUGAGAGGUGACCGCGGGCCCCGAGCUCGGCCCUACUAGAAACAAGGUUGUCAUGAUCUGCAGUCACCUGCUCUGCCCCUCUACCGCGACGUCUUCAGUGACCGUCUCAUCUGUAAUAUCUUGUUUACUUUAAUUUCUUGGCUAAUAACCCUGACUUCGGUGACUUUUUCCAAUUUCGGUAUAUGCAGCCUUACUAUAAGCGUAAGGAAUUUGGUCGAUGUUACCAAUAAGUUCAUUUGAUGGAUUCGUAUUACAUUUUAUCCUUAAUAGCACCCCAAUAGAAAUAGAUAUUUUCGAUUCUGGGGUUUUUUAAUCUAAACUUACUAUCGCAAUAUCGCAAAGGAAUCCCUCUCCUUGGGAACCGGAAAGUCUUGUCGAAGUGUUCAUUGUGGGCAGACGUAUGGGCGGUGCAACACUAUUUUUCAACCUCAUUCUGAUUCUGAUGGCUCAAAUGCUAGUUCGAAGUCGGAUAUUAUUUCUUAAAUUUUUCCUAAAUUUUUUAUGUCGUGUAUAGCUUUGUCGGAGUAAGAAUAAGCCAUGCUAGACUGCGAAUUUGAAACUAUUCACGCUACCGGUGGAACUUGCUUAUUGAAAAUAGCCUUUUUUCGCCUUUUUUGUCUUCAAGAGUUUGGGCAGGAUAAAUUGAAGUAUGUUCAGCUUUUCAAAGUAGCAGAAUUUCGAAUUAUGAAGAGGAAAUUUUUCAUUUUUUUUAUUUAGAAUGAGGCGCUAUGGUCAUUUGAAUGUUUCAUACGUUAUGGGUAGUUGCUACGUGAUCGUAAUUUUUUAAUCAACGAGGAAGAAUUUAGUGUAUUUCAUUGCAAUCCUCUUGUGGCAUGAUUAUCAGUACAAAAUAGUUUCCGUAGGCUAGGAGUCGGAAAUGGGUCCUGCGAAAAUAUAUCGUACUUGGAGCCGGGGGUUUUGUUCGUGUACAAAGAUUGAUCAACUUGGUUUAAAGUAUUAUUGCGUCUACAUGACAUUUAUCUCUAUUCUUUACUGCACCUCUUUAUACAGUUGGAUGUGGAGAAUUCGAUAACAUUUGAACUUGAUAAAAUGGGUUGGUUUCUUUUUAUUAUCCGUCAAGAUUUUUUAUGUGCUCUAGAAGCGAUAAUGAUCGUUCCCAUGGUAUCUAAUGUAGGUGUGCCUGUACUUAUACGGUUGCCUCAAACAUGCUCUUGUUUGUCACUGUGUUGGAAUUUUCAUCGCCACAGUAUCGAUGUUACUCGUCUGAAAUCUCUACGUAUUUUGUACAUUUUCGAUAGAGGUAAAUUCUGACGUGUGUAUGCUAAGAGAUUAUGGCAGUCUUGUAUUUGAUUUAGCUUAAUAGUAUAGAGACGAUGAGAACAGAUAGCUGAACGCGAGUUGCAAGGAUGAAAGUACGCGCGGGACUGAUCCGAAGUGCUGUAAAUUUUCAUCUGAUACAAGUAAACGUUCAGCGUUUUUUAGUACCUUUACUGUAACAGUGAUGGAACGAACUAUGAUUGUUGACUUAUUCUUGUUCGCUGUUCGUCUUUGCUGAAGUAGAAGUUCCUGCUCAUGUUGAGAAGACGUCAGCUGAACCCUGGUUUGACAAAUACGAAUUUGUCAUUUUACCCCGAUAGUGUGCUGUGGAUGAGCCCAGUCCUCAUAAGUUCCGACCGCGCGUGAAAGUUCAUCUAACGCAUCAUAACUUCAAAUGGAAUAUUGUGGAAUUUCGAUUUGUCACGAAUUGUCACGACACUGGAGUUGCGUUUCGGUAAUACACUUUAUUUAAUGUA